AUGGCAGGUCCGCAAAUUCACAUCCACGUGUCGCCACCUGAUUCGCCGCUCGACCUCUCAAGCCUCUCUUUCGCACUAUCCAGCCCAAAAUCCAAGACACCAGAGCCACAAUCGCUACCACUCUCAGCCGCUCCGCUUUCUCCGCUAGCGGCGCCAGCAGCGUCGGCGGGCGCGGUUCCUCCGGGAGCAGUAGCUCUGACCAGCGGUUGCGGGCAGAAGUCUUUAAAACAGUCGCUAUGCGCCGCGGUGCUGCGGCUCGUGCAGGAGGGCGUGGAGAGGGACGGCUACGGCAAGCAAGCCGUCGAGGCUCUGGGGAGACACUUCGCGUCGCUCCCUUCGCGGUACGCUCUAAGCGUCGACCCGCACCGCCAUGAUGACGUCAUGCUGCACAUGCGGUUGAUUAACGAGGUGCGCGACGCGAACCAGUCGGACCGCGACCACGGACCGAUGGCGUGCGUGCGACGCGUGUGGCUGGGAGCCGCAAACAUGCCGUCCAAUCCCAGCACGCCAACACCACGCGCCGCUGCCGCUGCCGGUGGCGCUGCUGCUGACAGGGACAAUUCCGGGCAGUCGGAACAAACGAAGCAGCAGCGACGGAAGCCGAGCAGCCAGCCGCGUCGCAUUCCAAAGCCUAUCUUCGGUUCCUCCGCAGCCCUCUCGUUGCUCUACGUUUGCAGCCCCACAGGGGCCGCGAUGAACGCCGCAACUAACGCCGCCACAUCCGCCGGCGGAACUCCAGGGUCCAACGGCGGCUCAAAUAACCAGGUUACGAGACAGCUGUCAGGAAACGGACGGACAGGUGGCCAAUUCUCAUUGGCUGCGUGCGUCAACGCGAGCAGCGGAGGCGGGAUGCGCGGAGAACGCGGCGUGCCCGCGCCCGUGCCAAUUCCCAGAAGGAAAUCGGGUGGCCAGCUAAUAACGGUUACAAGGAAUUCCACCUCCAGCCUUGAGGGGAGGAGCGCGGAGCGGGGCUCGGGAUGCGCGCUUGGGGAGGCGGAGGGGGACGGCGCGCGGGGGAACGAGCAGCGGGGACUGUACGGGCGGAAUGGGGGGGCGACAUUUGACGAAUUUGCAGGGAAAAGCGCAGAAUCGGGGAGUCUGGGCGGAGGCAUAGGGUCGUAUGGGUCCUACGACCAAACUAGAAGCGCGGGUUCGAGUCUCCACGGGGACACUUUGGAUGAAAACGAGGAAGGCGCGGGGAGAGGCGAGAGGGGAGGGUACGGAUGGGAGGUGACGGUGGCGGCUCCUGAUAGGCCGGGGCUGCUGACGUGUUUCACGAGCGCGCUGGGGAAUGCUGGGCUGGAGUGGAACAUUAGAGAGGCUCAUGUGUUCAGCAGCAGUGAUGGCAUGGCGCUGCAGGUGUUUGUGGUGGCGCCUGAUGGGGACCACCCCUUGCAUGACGAUACGGUGGAGCUACAGGAGGCGGUGCAGGAGCUGUUGCGCGCCAAGUGGAGGGACCACGUGGCAGUGGCGGCGCGCACAGCAGAGCAGGUGCAUCUCAGCAACCUCAGGGCCGUCGUGGACGCUCUCGCAUACGAGGACUGGGCCGUGGAUUACAGUGAUCUCGCCUUAGGUGAGAAGCUAGGCGGGGGCGCGUCAGGGCGGCUGCACCGGGGGACGUACCGCGGGCAGGAGGUGGCCGUCAAGGUGCUGCAGCUCGCUCCCCAUGGGGGGGGCGCGCAGGGGGAGGGCGCACAGGGGGACGGCGCACCUGGGGGCGGUGGGGAGGGGACGGGGGGGAUGGGCAUGGGCGGCACGGUGUGUGGGACGCUGCGCAGUGCGACGGCGAUGGAGCUGCUGCAGUGCUUUAAGCAGGAGGUCGCUAUCAUGAGGAUGGUUCGCCAUAAGAAUCUCGUGCAGUUUAUUGGAGCCUGCUCCCACUGGCCCCGCCUCUUUAUCGUCACAGAGCUCAUGGCCAAAGGAAGCGUGAGGGACGUCCUGGACAGGCGAAGCAUCGCCCUCUCCCUGCCAGCGCGCCUCAAGAUUCUGCGCGAUGCGGCCCGCGGGCUGGACUUCCUGCACCGCCGAGGCAUCGUGCACCGCGACCUGAAAGCGGCUAACCUGCUCAUUGAUGAGAACGACGUGGUGAAACUGUGUGAUUUUGGUGUGGCGCGCAUGCUGCCAUCGCGGCAGCAUGGGGGGCAGCUGAGGGGCGGGCCGGAGGGGGUGGGGCGUGCAGACAUGACAGCGGAGACGGGGACAUACCGGUGGAUGGCGCCUGAAGUGAUGGAGCACAGGGGGUAUGACCAGCGCGCUGACGUGUUCUCCUUCGCCAUCACCAUGUGGGAGGUGUUGACAGGUGACCUGCCAUACUCGGGCCUCACGCCUCUGCAGGCUGCCAUCGGCGUGCUUCAGAGGAAUCUCCGACCGCCCAUACCGCCCACACUCCCUCCUCCCAUUGCCACGCUCAUGGCUCGCUGCUGGGCGUCCGACCCCGCUGACAGAGCCGACUUCUCUGAGGUGCUGGCAGUGCUGGAGGCGUCCAUCAAGGGAGUGUCCCCUGCCGCUCUCUGCUUGGGCCCUGAUGCCGCCUCCCCUGCUGCUGCUGGGGGAGGAAUCGCAGGGGGGGGAGCAGGGGUAGGAGGGGGAGGGGCAGGGGGUGUGGCAAGGGCGCGGGAUUUGACAGGGGGAGGAGGGAGCUCUUCCUCUCUGGGCAGUUUGUUUCGCCGGUCCAUCUUUGGGGCUGUCAAAAAACACUGA